GCUCGUGAAGUUGGUCCACCACCACCCACAUGCACAGAUCAACCCAAAGAAAGACAAGCGGCGCUGCACGUGCCUGGCUAGGUCGUCCAUCUCUCCUCCUUCAUAUACCCUCCAUUAAAUACAGAGGAGACGGAGAGAUGGAAUUAUGGGAAGAGGCUCUUCUGAGUGCUAGCAGCGAAGGAUCGAUCGGAAGGUGCGGUGAGGUGAGAUGGGAAAAUGGUAGGGGAAAUCAGAGUCGGGGGAUUCUUUUUGCUUCUGUGUUGAAGCGGGAGAAAAUUCUUCCAAGUUUUUGCUUUUGAUCGGAGGAAUUGGGUCCUCUCUUUUCUCCGCCAUGCAUUUGAAGCUUUCCCCAUAUGAAAACCUCUGAUAGGCGGCAGUAUCUUUUCCAGCGAAAUACCUUUCCCGCCCCCAAGCCUCUUUCUUCAUUGGUCCGUUGCAGUAAGGUGGUCAUUUUCCGACGCCGGCGGCCGAACAUUGCGAUCGGAAGGUAAUCCGGUGGCAAUCCUUGGUUCUCGGCUGUCGGGGCAGUGCAUGGCAGCUCGCACGCGAGUUAAAUCAAGAGGGGCGCAUUCAUAUGUGAAGUGACUCCUGGAGCCCGGAAUCUGAAGUUUCAGAGCUCAACGGCAGUCGGAGUUUGAAUUUGGCCGGAAUCGUACGCGGGAGUUGAAAAGGACACAAGGCAGAAAUGAAGUUCAUGAAAAUUGGGACAAGGCUAGAGGCCAUCCUAACUAAAGAGGCCACCAGGUACGUCACCUUGGAUGUGUCUAGCGAUCUCACUGUACAAGUGAACAACACUAAAUAUCUUUUGCAUAAGUUUCCAUUGCUUUCCAAGUGUGGACUCUUACAGCAGCUCUGUGAUCCAACCAACUCAGACAACCAAACCGUUGAACUUCAUGAGAUCCCUGGUGGCGAGGAAGCAUUUGAGCUGUGCAUAAAGUUCUGCUAUGGCAUUUCAAUUAACCUCAGUGCUCAUAACAUUGUCCAGGCGCUUUGUGCCUCACAUUUCCUGCAAAUGAGUGACGCACUAGAGAAGGGGAACUUAACAAACAAGUUGGAGUACUUUUUUGGAUCUGUUCUCCAAGCUUGGAAAGAUUCAAUUCUUGCUCUGCAGACCACCCAAGCACUACCAACAUGGUCUGAAAACCUCAACAUAACUGGGCGAUGUGUAGAUGCGAUUGCAAGGAAAAUCUGGACGGACUUGACCAAUGUGACAUGGUCUUACACUUACACCAGGGCUGGCUUCAUCCGCAAGGCCCAUGCUGGAGCACCAAGGGACUGGUGGACCGAAGAUGUCGCAGAUCUGGAUCUCCAAUUCUUCAGGAGGGUCAUUUUGGUUGUCCGGUCCUCGAUCCCGCCUGCGCUGGUAGGUGAAGCAUUGCAUGUCUAUGCAUGUCAGCACUUGCCAGAUGAAUUGGACCCUAAUAGCUCAGGCAGUGUAGUGAAGCACAGAGAAAUAUUGGAGUUUAUUGUGAGUCAGAUUCCAACCAGGAAAGGGUCUGUAUCCACUAGUUUCUUGUUAAGACUUUUGAGACUGGCGAAUCAAUUCUGUGUAUCGGAUCGGGUAGUGGCUGAGAUCAUGAGAUUGGCAGGAAGGCAGCUGGAGGAAGCCAAGCUUGUGGACCUCCUCAAGCUUAGAAGCUCUCCUUCAUGUUCUACUUCCUUCAAUUAUAUAGACAUGGUUAAGGCAAUGGCAGAACACUUCUUGGUGGAGCAUCGCCGGACUUCGUAUCCAGAUUCCGGGGAAAGGCAAUCGGACAGUGAGAGAUCACAUCAAUCCAUGACAAGAGUAGCGAAGCUAAUAGAUUCUUAUCUGUUUGAAAUUGCAGCAGAUCCUAAUCUUCCAGUGACCAAGGUGAUUGAAUUGACAAACACGUUGCCAGAUAAUGCGAGGGCAGAUCAUGAUGAUCUCUACAGAGUAAUUGACACUUAUCUUAAGGAGCACCCUGAUAUCUCCAAGUCUGAAAAGAAGAAGCUAUGUCACAAAUUGGAUUGCAGGAAGCUGUCAACGGACGCAUGCAUGCAUGCAGUGCAGAAUGAUCAGCUACCUCUGCGGACAGUAGUCCAAGUUCUGCUCCAAGAGCAUGUAAGGGCUGCCAUGGCCAUGAGUCCAGUUGGACUACACGGGAAUGUGAAGGCAAUGCUUUCUGCACCAACAGGGGACAUGGCCAAGGAUAUGACAUUGGCAACCAAAGGUAAGGACCCCAUGAAUGGAAGAAUGAUGGCUAGCAAUGUAAAUGGCCAGAGAUCAAUUGAUCAAAGCAGUCACGAAGAUCAUCAAAGAAGAGGUAUGACCUCGCCACCAGUCUUUGACAAGGCGACAAUAGAAGCCGUGGAGGUUGACCAGGCAAGUGAAAUUGCUGAGGAAGACGACUCCAAGAGCAGGACCGGGUCCAAGGUAGUAAACUUUUCAGGUAGGCCUGCGACAAGUGAAGUUACGCAGGAUGGUCACUCUAAGAAGAAGAUGAAGCCCAAGCGGAUGCCAAGCAUCUCCUCCAUGAUUGCAAAAUUGACUAGUAAGCUGCCCAUCCAGAAACAGAGAUAACUCAAGUUCACUUGUUUCUGUCAUCUGCUGUAUUCAAAUCAGUAGGCUGGAAGAAGAGUAGAUCUUAUACCCUAUCUAACAAAGUAUAAGAUCAGUUUCUCUUGGUCCUCCUAAUUAAUCAUUUUGAUAAUGUUUUCUUCAUAGUUUUAAUUACAUUACCCUGAUAAUUCACUUAAAUCAUUGUUAGAAUGUAAAUUGUACAUGUACAAUUUGAAUUCAAUUUGGUCUAUGAUUGCUUGGUCA